ACGGCAGACACCGCGUCCGAGGGAAGUGGCUUCCCCCCCCGAAACGAGCCUGCAUUAUAUAUCUGUCUGUUUAAACUUCUGCAGUAAUGGCACCAGUCGGGUCCAAGAGGGGCAUUCUGGAGCGUCUCAACGCGGGCGAAAUUGUAAUCGGAGACGGAGGUUUCGUCUUCGCACUGGAGAAGAGAGGGUACGUUAAAGCCGGCCCUUGGACCCCGGAGGCAGCAGCGGAACAUCCGGAGGCCGUCCGACAGCUGCACAGGGAAUUCCUGAGGGCAGGGUCAAAUGUCAUGCAGACCUUUACGUUCUACGCUAGCGAUGACAAACUCGAGAACAGAGGCAACGACGUCCACUUCACUGGACAGCAAGUCAACGAGGCUGCUUGCGACCUGGCCAGGCAGGUGGCCAAUGAGGGCGAUGCAUUGGUAGCAGGCGGAGUCUCCCAGACUCCCUCUUACCUGAGCUGCAAAAGCGAGCCUGAGGUAAAGGCCAUCUUCAAGAAGCAACUGGACGUCUUCCUCAAGAAGAACGUGGACUUCCUGAUCGCUGAGUACUUUGAACACGUGGAAGAGGCGGAGUGGGCCGUGCAGGUGCUGAAAGCCACUGGGAAACCUGUUGCCGCCACCAUGUGCAUCGGACCCAUGGGGGACAUGCAUGGAGUGAGCCCCGGAGAGUGUGCCGUCAGGCUGGUCAAAGCAGGCGCUGACAUCGUUGGCGUGAACUGUCACUUCGACCCGAUGACCUGUAUCCGGACUGUGGCCAUAAUGAAGGCAGCAGUGGAGAAGGCGGGGCUUAAGGCUCACUACAUGGCUCAGCCCCUAGCCUACCACACCCCAGACUGUGGCUGCCAAGGAUUCAUUGACCUACCUGAGUUCCCAUUCGCCCUGGAGCCCAGAGUGCUCACCCGCUGGGACAUGCAGCAGUACGCCCGGGAGGCCUACGAGGCAGGCAUCCGCUACAUUGGGGGCUGCUGCGGGUUCGAGCCGUACCACAUCCGCGCCGUGGCUGAGGAGCUGGCCUCCGAGAGGGGCUCCCUGCCCGAGGCUUCCCAGAAGCACGGCAUGUGGGGCAACGCACUGGAGAUGCACACCAAGCCCUGGGUCCGGGCCAGAGCCCGCCGUGACUACUGGGAGAAGAUUAAGCCCGCCUCUGGACGCCCGCUGUGCCCCUCAAUGUCAACCCCAGAUGGCUGGGGGGUCACCAAGGGUCACCCUGAACUGAUGCAGCAGAAGGAAGCCACCAGCCAGGAGCAGCUGCGCCCACUGUUUGCCAAGGCUGAUGCCAAGUGAUGAGGGUCUCCGGGAGACAGGGCACCAACACGUACCCUCAUUACCAAGCAUACGGUGAACCCACCCGGACAUGUGAGAUCAGGGAGACAGAGUGAAAAACACAAGAGUGACAUCUAUUUUUUCUCCUCAUCAUUGUUCCCUUUCCACACGUUUACAUAUCAUGUACGAUUAAGGAAAGGUUCUUGUUGCCUUGUUAUGGUGGGACCAGUUUUAGCAGUAUUUCCACAGCCUUCUACUGCAGUGUCAGUCUGUUCCUCAGGUUUUCCUCUCAGACAAGAUUUAUACACUCAAAAAACACGUGCUUAUAAUUGUAUUUGCGGCAUUGGAAUCCUUACCUAACUACUUUGUUUGUAGCUAUCCACUAUGCUUGCUGUUUAUACGCCGUAAGAUUUUUAAAAUAUAUAUACAUAUAUAGGGGGAUGUUAAACUCAAGUUCCUCACCUUUACCUCUAGAUGGCAGUCAAGAGCUCGUUACUGCUUGAAAUAAAUAAUGUGAAAUUGAUUUGGGAGUAGUUCAAAAUGCCAGGUUUUCCGAACACUCCGGUGUUUUGACAGGAAUGUCCACUCAAGUGAUUGUUACCUGACAUUUUUUUCUUUUUGCUUCUUGCUUCGUUAAAAAUUCGAUAUGCACGUUUCUCUCUUUUUUUCUGUAUCUUUUUGUCUCGUCAGCUCCAUUGUCAUGUAUAUCCUGAAAAAUAAAACAGAUCACAGCAUUUACAGAUGCCAGGAUCAAA